UUUGCACUGCAUGUAUAUAAUAAAGUCACUGGCUUUAAUCAAGAAACUUAAGGAAAAUGCCAAAGGAUUAUUUUUAAAAGAAGAAAAGUGGUUUUGGACUUUUUAAAAAAACGACAAAAUCUGUUGACUAACAGUUUUUCAGAAUUUGAACAAUUCUUCAUAAAAAAAGAUUGCUUUUGCUUAAGUACAUUAUUUUAAAUUUUUACUGUGUCUGGAAAAAAGAUGAUGCUUUCAAGUUUGUAAACUGUUACAGGGAACAAGUAGUACGCCAAUGAAUGGAAUAACUGAUGAAGCAUUUCCCAUCACUGAAUUUGACUACGAUGGUGCAGUAACACCAUGUCACUCUGUGGGUUUGCAAACAUUUGUUUCUAAUGUCCUGCCAACAUUUUAUUCUUUGGUAUUCAUCUUUGGCCUUGUAGGCAAUGUGCUGGUUGUACUCGUCCUCAUCAAAUAUAAGAAGAUUAAGGUCAUGACUGAUAUAUAUCUGUUAAAUUUAGCCAUCUCUGAUCUGCUUUUCAUUUUUUCACUUCCCUUUCGGAUUUAUUAUUCAAUACAUGACUGGAUAUUUGGAGACACAAUAUGCAAAAUUUAUGCUGGGAUCUUUUUUUUAUGCUUCUACAGUAAAAGUUUUUUCAUUGUCCUCUUGACCAUUGAUCGAUAUUUAGAUAUCAUUUAUUCAGCAUCUGCAUUAAAAUCCCAGACCAUACGCUAUGGUAUCAUUACAAGCAUUCAUACAUGGGGCCUGGCAAUUUUAGUCUCUUCACCAGGAUUUAUUUUUUGGCGAUUACAGGUGGAAAACUAUAAGAAAUCUUGCACUUAUAAUUUUCCACAUGAAAAUCAUUUUGCAUGGAACAAAUUUUUUAUACUGAAAAUGUUCUUUAUAGGUCUGAUUUUUCCAAUGAUGAUUAUGACUUUCUGCUAUAUACGCAUCUUAAAUGCCCUGUUGAAAUCCAGGAAUGCGAAGAAGAACAAAACAGCCUGGCUUAUUUUUAUCAUCAUGGUUACUUACUUCCUCUUCUGGGCCCCGAACAACAUUUUUUAUCUGCUUCAGUUAUUUCACACUUCAUUUUUUGCUGACAGCUGUGACAAUUUAAAGAGAAUGAAUGCAGCAUUGCAACUGACUGAAACAGUUGCAGUAGCUCAUUGCUGUAUUAAUCCUUUGAUUUAUGCUUUUGCUAGUAAGAAGUUUAAAAAAUACGUUAUCAGCUUUUUCCAUCCAUGAAAUUCAUAUAUGUGUGAUGAUUCUCUGGACAGGUUUCAUAUACUGACAUUCUAUCAGAAAUGAAGGCGUUUCAGCAAUCUUACAGAGUACAUGUGUAGAGAAAAAUAUGAUUUAAUUUUAUGGAUCAAGUCACUUUUAACAAAGCUACUUUGGUGUUAGAAGACCAGAUUUGAACUGAAUGAAGUAUGUUUUGGUAAUGUUAAUUUACGAAUUACGUAGUACAUGAAUAUGACAUGCAGUUCUAAUUGAAAUAUUAUAGAUUUACUUGAGUACUUUGCAUACAGUGAAAAGAAUCAAUUCUUUGCUUGAGCAAAGCAUAUUAUAUAUACCAUAUCAUAUCUGAGAUACAUUUAAAAUAUCUUUUAUAGCCGAACAUAUUUGAUAAUUUUAACUUCAAAGAGUUUCAAUUCACUUUUUGAAAAAAUAAGUACUUUAUUCUUUCUAAAUAUACUGAGGCUGUAGUUUUAUUAAUAUUUUUGGUAUGUUAGUGUAAGUUCCCCCUGUAUAAGUUACCUCUGUAUAAUCAAGAAAUAGAUUGGAUUAUGAAUGCUGUAUUUGUACACUAUUCUGAUAUUGCAGGUUUCCUGUAUUGCUCUAAAAAGAUGGACACAGUCCAAGUUUGUUUUUCAGAAAAUUACUAAGCUAUGAAUUUGGAUGGCAACAAAGAUUAUGUAGCAUGAUAAUGUUGGGAAAUAUAAAGUGUUCACUGUAAGGGGAAAGGUCCUUUAAGAUUGUUAUAUUCCAUCAACAUGUGAAAUUCCUCCUGUAACUAAUUUUUUUCUGCACUAGGAAGGAAAGUUUUAAAAAUAUUAUUUUAAUGUAAUUGUCUUAGCGGUAGUUUGAUAUUGGUGCAAAAAUAUUACUUGUGUAUAUUUUGGAUUCUUGAAAUAUUAAUGUUUUGAUUUUGUACAAUUCAUGGGAUAUUGGGGGAAGUUUAUUCCUUUAUAAGAUUAUAUAAAAUUCAUUGCCAGUAAGUAAAAUUAGUUUCCCAUCCAAUGGAGAAAGCAGUCCAACUUCAGAAUAGUAUCCCUAUUCUGCCAAGGAUGACCUUCAUUAGGUUUUCAUUCCCUCAAACUAGCAUUUUUGGAAUAGUUUUGGGUCAGGGAUCAAAACUCGCCCAAUGAAGUUUCCUUGUGUAAUAGUCAUUUCCUGACACAAUGCGACUUUUAAAUUAAAACAUGUUGACUGGGCAUCCAUUUUGAUGAAAAGGAAUAAAAUAGGAAUCUCUCUCUCUCUUUCCCUCCCUCCCUCUCCCUCUCCCUCUCUCUGUGUAUACAAUCAUACAGAGAUUACAUAGAAUAAACUGAAAUAUUCUUUGUAAUUUUCAACAAUUGGUUGCUUUUCAUUUAUUGUUUAGGCUAAAGGAAGGAGUCCACAAAAUUUCUCUACUUGACCUGAAAAUAUCACUUCAGUGAAUAAAUUUUAUAUUUCAUUUUAAUUUUA